AUGGAUUUCAGGAUGCAUUCUUUGCUCUGCAGCCUCUUCUUGUCCCUGAUUGUGAAUGAACCCUGGGCCAACGGGGAAAAGAUCCGCCUCACAACUCUUAAUAAAAUGGUCAAAAAAGGCCCUAUAGUGACAAUCGUGCAGGGUAGUGACACAACAGCAGCAAUGAAUCCGACUGGAAACAAAAACCCUUCUGAUAGAAACAGUGAUGCUUUCUAUGAAACCGCCUUGAGCUGGGUUCCUUUCCAAGGCUUGGUCCCCAGUGAUGCAGUGUCCUUUUGGAACGAUUUUGCUAACAGAACAGAAUAUCCUUGCAGAGAACCAGGCUGUUCAGCAGGUUUCUACAGCCCAAGCCUUGGGCCAUACUGUUUCUUCCCUUAUGGAAGCAAAGAAUACAAGAGCUCUCAGUUCUGGCUUUUGGUGAAUGAAUAUAACUUGGAAUCGUUCAUCUGGGAAUUUGGUAGAUUAAGUGCUAUUCUGCCCAAUUCUAUCUAUACCUGCCCAGGUGUUAAGGUGUAUGUAGCAAAAAAUUCCUAUGGCUUGGGGAAAGUAGAUGGUGAAAGUAGAAUGUUCUACAUUGGCAUUGAUGGCAAAGAGCAACGUUAUAUAUACAGGGAAAUAUUAACUGUUAAGAAAGACUAUAAAUCUCAGAGCAUCAAGGUAAUCCAAUACAUGCAAGAACAAGGGACAUACAGUGAGGAGCCUGUGGUCUUAGUCUCCAGCCAAGUCACCAACAAUGGCUGUAAUGCAAUGAAGAAAAGCACCACCUUGUCGGGGAUAAUCCGAUCGGAACAUCAAUGGGCUGUUGACAUUUCCCUGCCACAGAGUAUGAGCAGCAUUACCUUAACAGCAGGGAUACCAGAGGUUAUUGGGGUAUCCUGGAAUAUUUCAUCAGAAAACACCUUCAGGUGGAGUAAAGAUUCCACACAAAGUGAAUCCAUCACCCAUUCGGAAACAGUGGAAGUUAAUGUGCCACCCAAGCAGAGCUGUGAAGUAGUAAUGGAAGGCAGAAGAAUGACUGCAAGGAUUCCCUUCACCGCUAUAGCAAUCCGCAACUACCAAGAAGAUGUGCCACCAAUAUACCCGUUGCCCACUGUACAGGGAAUCAGCCACAAUGUUAUUGUGGCACAAGUUCAUAUGGUAGUAAAACAGUGUCAACCUAUCCCCAAUGCAAAUCCAUGUCAUGCAUAGGUUGCUCCUGCAGAAGGAAUUCUCCAGUAGUAGUAGGGUGCAGGAAGGAUUAAAAAGAGAAAGGAUUGUUCUAGGCCAAAGCUUCUUGAAUUUUGUGUUGCAUUUGGGGUCCUCUACUCGGGGUCAAGAAAAUUGGUGUUGCUUGCCACCUAGUGGUUGUUUUAGACAUUUAUAUGAAUCAAACAAAAAAAGGAGAGCCAACAAAGUAAAUUCUGGGUUGCUAUGAGUUUUCCAGGCUGUAUGACCAUGUUCCA